GAACAGUCCCAGAGUGAAGACAAAACACUGCCCAACCCACGCCGCUCCGCACAGCCCGCCAGAUUAGGGAACCACACAACAUUUUCCUUAUUUUUACACCUCCCACCGCAGCCACACCGCCGCCAUGAGUAAGGCACAUCCCCCGGAGCUGAAGAAGUACAUGGACAAGCGUGUGAUGGUGAAGCUGAAUGGUGGGCGGGUGGUGGAGGGCACACUGCGAGGUUUUGACCCGUUCAUGAACCUGGUGGUGGACGAGGGGGUGGAGGUGCGCAAGGCCAGCGAGCGAGUCAGGAUUGGCGUUUGUGUAAUCCGAGGAAGCAGCAUCAUCAUGUUGGAAGCACUCGACCGCAUCUCCUAGUCACACACACACACACACACACACACACACACACACACACACACACACACACACACACACACACACACACCUGGGCAUAUGUAUGGAUAGGUUACAAUUGCAUAUAUGUUUAAGUUUGUGUUUUUUUUUUUUUAUAAUUAAUAGUUUUUGUAUAUUUAUUUAUUUUUUUUGUUAGUUUUGAUUUUCCGUUCAUUAUUAAAAAGAUUUGACUGUUUAUCAGUUAUUAUUUAUUGUCAAUUUGUCUGUAAAUUUUCUAGACUAAAUCGUUUAUUAUUAUUAUUUUAUAUAUUUUUUUCUUUUCAUUUAGAUCGAAGAGCGAUGAUAUUAUUCACUUUCCUUUGUUUAUCCAUCUUAGUCAUCAAUUUCAGAAGCCUGUGCAAAGGUUUCUGAAGACUUGUACCUGUGCUCUGUUCCAGUAAUGUUUCUAAUUAAUAAAUCUUGUACAAACUGGA